GAAACGCCUCUUCGAGUGUCUGCAGAAAUGAUGGAUUAUAUAAAGAGGGACAGAUUAAUCUUUCUUUCUCCAGCUUUAAUCCAAACUGUCUGUUCCAGACACAAAGCUACCACCAUCUCCAAGGGGAUUACCUGAGCACUAGACUACAAAUCUGUGAUCAUGGUGGGACUGAAGCCAUCUGAUGUUCCUCCUCCUUUGGGAGUGAAGGUACUGAGUGCAGGUACAGCUGCCUGCAUCGCCGACCUCGUCACCUUCCCUCUGGACACAGCUAAAGUCAGACUACAGAUCCAGGGUGAGAAGGUAGCAGUAGAAGCUGCCAAGAACAUCCGAUAUCGUGGUGUGUUUGGGACGAUCAGCACCAUGGUGCGGACGGAGGGGCCUCGCUCGCUCUAUAACGGCCUGGUGGCCGGCCUGCAGAGACAGAUGGCCUUUGCGUCCAUACGAAUUGGCCUCUAUGACAACGUCAAGAGCUUCUACACAGGAGGCAAAGAUAACCCUAACGUGGGUAUCCGGAUCCUGGCCGGCUGCACCACAGGGGCGAUGGCUGUUUCCAUGGCCCAGCCCACAGACGUGGUAAAAGUGCGCUUCCAGGCCCAGAUGAACCUGCAGGGAGUCGCUCGGCGCUACAAUGGGACCAUGCAGGCAUAUAGACAGAUCUUCCUCCUGGAGGGCCUGCGUGGACUCUGGAAAGGAACACUACCCAACAUCACAAGGAAUGCCUUGGUCAACUGCACAGAGCUCGUAUCUUAUGAUCUUAUCAAAGAAGCCAUUCUCGGACACAAGCUGAUGUCUGAUAACCUGCCGUGUCAUUUCGUCUCUGCGUUCGGCGCCGGCUUCAUCACCACGGUCAUCGCCUCUCCCGUGGACGUGGUGAAGACUCGCUAUAUGAACUCUCCUCCUGGUCAGUACAAAAGUGCUGUCAAUUGUGCCUGGACCAUGAUGACCAAAGAAGGACCUACAGCUUUCUACAAAGGAUUUGUGCCCUCAUUUCUCAGACUGGGAUCAUGGAACAUCGUCAUGUUUGUGUCGUUCGAGCAGCUGAAGAGAGCCAUGAUGGCCUCUAAAAAGAAGAUGGAAGCCCCUAUGUAGAGGAAAAAAAAGACUCUUGCUCCUAUGUUAAACGCACUGACUCACUGAACAAGCUGCCAUUUGUGCUGAAGGAAAGAAAAAUCAGCAAAAGCAGGUGGCUGGAUAUUUAAUUUAUAAGUCUUGAACCGAAGAUGAAAAAACAGGAAGAAUGCUCACCCUAAGCUUCACUCUAUACUGCGGUCUGAGAGAGAGGAAAGCGUAGCCAGUUCAUGUUUACCAUGAUAAUCACAUUUUCUCACUGAGCCUCUGUGUGUGUGUGUGUGUGUGUGUGUGUGUAAAGGUUUAUGAUGUAUGGGUCCAGUGAUGUGGCAGUAACUGGUGGAUGAUGAAGAGCCACAUGCUGCACUUUGCCCUCUGUUCACUAAACUACUCAAACAUACAAGGUGGCUUUGCACACAACCCAUGUCUUUGUUUUUAUAAUUAUUAUUAAUACUAAUGAAUCCUUUGUUUAAAAAAGGACACUGUUUUUAAUUUAUGUUGAACUGUUUACUGUGUUAACUCACCACUCGAUUGCUGUCAGCUUGUAGGAGAAAUGUGCAAGCCACAACGUAAGCUUUGACGGCAAACAGAAUGAAAAGUACAUUUCUAAAAUAAAUAUAUAUUUAGUUAAAGUACA